GGCGGAGGAACCGGAUCGGGAAUGGGGACUCUUCUGAUCAAUAAGAUCCGAGAGGAGUAUCCAGACCGCAUCAUGAACACCUUCAGCGUCAUGCCUUCACCCAAAGUGUCCGAUACGGUGGUGGAGCCCUACAACGCCACGCUGUCUGUGCACCAGCUGGUGGAAAACACAGACGAAACGUACUGCAUCGACAACGAGGCGCUGUACGAUAUCUGCUUCCGCACGCUCAAGCUCACCACACCCACGUACGGGGAUCUCAAUCACUUAGUGUCGGCGACUAUGAGCGGCGUCACCACUUCGUUGCGUUUCCCCGGACAGCUGAACGCAGAUCUGCGCAAGCUGGCGGUCAACAUGGUGCCUUUCCCUCGCCUUCACUUCUUCAUACCCGGCUUCGCGCCAUUGACCGCAAGAGGAAGUCAACAGUAUCGCGCGCUCACGGUUCCUGAACUCACGCAGCAGAUGUUCGACGCCAAGAACAUGAUGGCUGCUUGCGACCCAAGGCAUGGGCGAUACCUCACGGUGGCCACUGUUUUCCGCGGCCCCAUGUCUAUGAAGGAAGUCGACGAGCAGAUGUUGGCCAUUCAGAACAAGAACAGCAGCUAUUUCGUGGAGUGGAUCCCC